CUCAAGCAUUUUGGCCCAGUUUACGACUACCUCCCAGCUCUGCCAUGACUCAAGUACGCCAGAGCAACUUGGAAAGUACGGACGCAAGCCGUUCAGACAAUCUCCCUUUGGUUUCCCCAGGUGCCUCUCUAUAUCCUGAAUCCUGUCGGAACGGAGCAGCGCUCGGCUCGGUACCUACUCUCGACAUUACUUCAAAAGAUAGGCCCAGCAACAUAGCCAUUUUGAAAGAUGCCCACUGUUGGCAAGAAGGUAAAAGAAACAUCAGGCUUAUAAAAAGCAGCUUCCGUUCAUACAUCAUAGGAGGCAGAGUCGGAAAAGCCUCUUGGCUAUCACCACACACGGCAGAAGAGCAAAAGCGCAUGUGGUAUCAUUCAUCCCUAGCUAUGGGGGAGAAACAAGUUGCUGAUGAAUGGGGUUUCAAGAGCACAAGCGUUUCCAGAUCGCAGUCGCCUCACGACACUGCUGAGCCACGAAGCGCCAAAGAUAGUAGGGGGAUGAGGAGGGCGGGGAGCCUCUAAGCCGUUUAGAUCUAGAAGAUGGAAGAACAAAGUGAGGUGGCGCAUAUCUCAGUGUAGUCUCUUGUGUAUGAGGAUUGUCAACCUAGUGCACUAGACAACAUAAAUUAUAGAUGAAGCUCAGACUGUGCUUCGAGAUUGUUGUAUGCAGAGUACUCAGUACUAAAGGGAGCGCAUGCGCUCCCUGGACAAGUAGUACACGAUGGUUGAAUAGUCACACAAUGUUACUAUGGG